CUCCAUGAUUCUGCUUGCAAAAAAAAAAAAAAACUCCACUAUUCGCCCACAAAUCCGACAUGGAGCUGCCUUCCUCCCUCAGUUCCGUCCAGCGGGGCGCUCGCCCACCCGCUCUGGAAGCGAUGCCCGCGGAGGAGUUCGACCUGUCUGGGAACCGACGGCCGCUGUUGAGGUCGAUCUGGCCGCCGGCGGCGCUCGAUUUGGCUACCAAGGAGCUCGCCACGCCGUCGUCUUUGGCCGGCGUUUGAGCCAGCAUCCGUCGUCGUCGGCGGCGGCGGACGUGGAUACUACGGCGGGCGCGGCUGGCGAAGAAGUCUGACACGAGGAGUAGAAGCGAGGGAGGAAGAGAUGUCCCGGGCAGAGGAGGCCGGCACAUCUUCGGCCUGAUGGUUGUGCCGAGCUGGCAAGUCUGGGCCAUGUGACCAUCGGGACAGCCGUCCAAGGUCAAGCAAUGCCCUAGCAGCUUCCGGAUGUGCCCGUCAUCACGCGGGUUCCCUUCCGGCUAGCAUCAUGGCGGAGGAGACCACCAUCAGCUUUGCGGGCCUCGCCGAGGACAACACCAGGUUAGCAUCCAUCCAGCUUGCUUCCGCGCCGGAGGUGACCACCAGCAGCUUUGCGGGCCUCGCGGAGGACAACACCAGGUUAGUAUCUAUCCAGCUUGCUUCCGUGCCAGAGGAGACCACCAGCAGCUUCGCCGGGCUCGAGGCUACCUACCCGCCGCCACAGUCUUACCGCGAGUCGAUCCAGAGCGUCGUCUGGCCCGAAUGGCGUAUCAGGUCGGCUCUCUCCUCCCAGUCCGGUCAGAGCGGAUCUAACUACUCCAGCAUCUCAAGUUCUUACAUGUCCAACAUGACCUGCUGCUCCGUUGGCUCCACGUCCGCCAGCACAGCGGACUUCGCCACAGACGAGCUCACAAAGAUUGCUCACAAAAUGGUCAGCGACGGUUACAUCCAGCGCAUGGUCCAAGCUUUCAAAUCCAAUGGCGAACUGGACGACUCCCUGAAGUCUUGGUUCGCCGAGCUCGACAUCGAGUGGGUUUUCCAACUCAGCAUCUGGGAGCAGUCCCUGCUCUAUGGAAUAUCUGCGUCGUGCCUCCAAGAAUUUGUUGAGAGGUGGAUCCGAGCUCUCACCAUAGUUAUCAUCAGUAUCAAAGAGCUGGCCGCUGGUGUCAAUGACACACUGGUGGUCGCACGGUUUGGUAAAGCGAGCAUCUCAGCAAUGCUCGUCUUUAUAGAUGACAUGGCCAGAGUUUCCAACAGAGAGCAGCUACCAGCCGUGCUACAAGCGUAUGUCUACGUUUCCAAUGCAUCAUAUGACAUGUCGACGAUGCAUGUGAUCUCUUCAGAUGCACAAAGGAUUUUUAAUGGUAUAGGCGUCUUGCUGGAGAGAAAAGUGAACAACUUAGCUGAGCCCAUAUCCAAGAUGAUAAUGUAUUCGAUGCGAGAAUUCCUUAAGGACCGCGACCGGCGGCGUUAUCCGUAUCAAGACGGACCUUUGGUAGCAUACAGGCUCAGUGACUCGAGGUGGCCUACUGAGAUCGUGCGAGGAGGAGGUGAGGUUCACAACAGCACCCAGUUGAUGGUGGACAACAUAAUGCUGAUAAGGAAAGCACUGACUUUGACGCAGAAGUCCACACAGAGCCACAGCACCGGAAGGCUUCAUGACUUGAUACAUGACAUGAUCAAUCAUCAGAAGGAUCUGCUUCCGAGGAUAUCGAAGGUGUGCUUGGAUCCAAGCCUCGGGUACUUGUUCCUGCUCAACAAUUCCUAUUUCCUAGCACAGGUGUUUGAGCCAUCGAUGUCAUUAGAUGUUGAGCUGUGGUCUGGAGACCACCAGGGACUUGAACUUACACCUGAAUGUGUGGACUACAUGGAUAGUUAUAUCAAGGUUUCUUGGGAAGAUGUGUUGUCCUGGUUAUCAAGGUUUCAUGGACCACUCCUUCGUUGGAUAAAUACAUCUCCGCUCGGUAAAUUCCAGUCAGCGUUUCAUAAAACAUACCAGACUCAGAAGUUCUGGAAGGUUCCGGACCCUCGGCUUCGAUCCUUACUGCGGGAAACUGUCACCAAGAGAAUCAUUACAGGUUACCAUGACUACCUGAAGGCGCAUCCAGAGGUGGAGAAGAAACAUGUUAGCGCUGGAAGCAACAGUCCUGAGGUUUUUGAGGGGAUGUUGGGAGAGCUAUUUGAAGGCUGA